AUUGCCAUUCGCACAAGUUGCAUGUUCGCGACUCGAUUUUCUGUUUCGGUUCGGUUUCCUCAUUGUUUUUUUUUCGGCUUCCUCUAUUUAUUUUAAUUUUUUUUUUCGUUCGAUUUUUUUCCGAAUUUUUACCGAAUUUUUGUUUGUUUUUUUGGGCUGCUCGCGUGCGCUGUGCAUAUUGGAAAUCGCCACCCACUUUGGCCAGCAAAAGCAACGCCAAAUAGCAAAUAACAAAAAAAAAAAACAGCCAGGGAAUUCUAAUUAAGUGUGCGCGCUAAUGCGUUAAACUGCUAGCCAAUUUGUUUUUAAGCCAAAGUGAAAAGGCCUUUGUAGUCCAUUGUUGGCUGCUGUUUGUUGCUGUUUCGCCUUCUAUUUGAGUGGAAAUUACAUCCAUAAUUACGCUUAAUCAGUCGAUUACUGUCAUCGCCAACACGAACCAAUACGCAGACCCACCGCCGCAUUUGAUGACCACACUAAUGAGUGCCAGAUCGAACUGAGACCUAUUUGGGAUAAGACACGCUCACCUAAUUACCUGUCACUGACCGCCCACUUGGCCAGUUAGCUCAAGAAGCAGAAGCAGAAGCCUUAUCCCCCAAAGAGGAAAAGUAGACGUAUCGUCAUCGGAAACAAGGCGAACCUUCACCAUGGGCAAGAAGAACUCAAAAUUGAAGCAGGACACCAUCGAUCGGCUGACAACGGACACAUACUUCACUGAAAAGGAAAUUCGUCAAUGGCACAAGGGCUUUCUCAAAGACUGUCCGAAUGGCUUGCUGACCGAACAAGGCUUCAUCAAAAUCUAUAAGCAAUUCUUCCCCGACGGAGACCCCAGCAAGUUUGCCUCCCUGGUCUUUCGUGUCUUCGAUGAGAAUAAUGAUGGCGCCAUUGAGUUCGAGGAGUUCAUUCGGGCCCUUUCCAUCACAUCACGAGGAAAUCUGGACGAGAAGCUGCACUGGGCUUUCCGCUUGUACGACGUGGACAACGAUGGCUAUAUAACACGCGAGGAGAUGUACAACAUAGUGGACGCCAUCUACCAGAUGGUAGGACAACAGCCGCAGACGGAGGACGAGAACACGCCGCAGAAGCGGGUGGACAAGAUCUUCGAUCAGAUGGACAAGAACCACGACGAUCGACUGACGCUGGAGGAGUUCCGCGAGGGCAGUAAAGCUGAUCCACGUAUAGUGCAGGCGUUAAGUUUAGGUGGUGAUUAACCGCGGGACCUGUAGUCGUGCGGAGAAGGGGCGGGGAGGGAGCGAUAGUGACGGUGAUGGGAGGCAACAGCGAAUCAAGGAUCAGGAGGGUCAAAGCUCGCCCCACAAGCACGUCCACACCACGCCCGUGUACCAUAUGCCAUUUGACCUUUUGGGGGCAGUUCGAUAGCCCUUAUCCUCCCCCUCCCACACACACCCACACACCAUCACACAAGCACACACACACUCCGAGUUUAGCCCAUUGCGAACUCGUCUUAAGUGAAAUUCCAACUAAUAGCAAAUUAUUUACGCAUAUAUACAUGAUUUUUCUAUUAACAACAAACAGCACAGCCGCAUAAAGCUGAAAAACAAAAAUGUUUAAUGAACAAUUCGUAAAUUAAUGGAAAACAAAGCAACACCAAUUUAAGUCGAAAAAGCGCUUUUUUAAAAACAUAUUUAACUCGUAUUUGUGUAUGCGGCAGCAUGGAUGAAUAUAGGUAUUAAAUAAAUGAAAACCUACAUAAAUUAACUACAUAUUAGGCACUUGCUCUAUAAUGAUCUUAGGCAUUUUUAUUGAAAUGCUUGCCAAGCAAACGAGAAACCCCAAUUGACAACUAUCGCAAAGAGUUGCCGAUUAAUUAGGCCAGUGAAUAGUUGCAAUUUUUUUUUGCGAAAACUAAAGCUACUCGGCCCAACAAAAAAAGGAUAGUACAUAAUGCAGCACCGACUAAGCUGGUACUUAUGCCUAAAAUAUCUACAUAUAUACUGGUACUUGUACCGAUAUUAAUUCGCUAUUGGCUUAGAAGCCACUCGAUUGUUACUUUUUUUAUUUGCCGUGCCAACUGCUCUAACUGUUGAUAAUCGAACGUGUUGAUAAUCGAAAUUGAAGCUACUAUUAAGCCAAAAAAGCCACACACUGAUACACAGACCUAUUUACUCUCAAUUUAAUCAGAUAACCGACUCUAUUAACUCCAAGUCCUAAAGAGUCCUUAAAAGUCCUGUGGACAAACAUGCAUGUGGAUAUAACGUAGCGCUAUGAAGCAUGCGGCUUAAUUACUCCUCUUGUAUGCCCGAUUCUUCACAAUCUUCAGUCUCCAUUCUUCAUUCUUCCCCCAUUGAGCUUGACAAUCAACCUGAUUUUGCUGCGGACCAUCCAAUGGUUCCAAUCACCCGUUCACCUCAAGAACUCAUCUCAUCGGGCACAGGAGGAGGACACUCCUAGACGAAUCUUUGAUAGAACUUUAAUCCUUUUCUACUAUGUGUUUAUUGUGCAUGCCUUAACAGAGCAACGAUAAUAUCAAAUUGUGUAUUUCUACUUGUAUUUGUACUUGUUUUUACACCUCACCAGAGCUUGAAAAUAUAUCGUAUGGGGGGAAAUCCCUAUAAUGCCUUACCAAAAACCAAACGAAAACUUCCAGUCAUCGACUCACUCACUCCCUCUCUAUCUCUCUCUCUCUCUCUCUCUCUCUCUCUCAAUCGCUCCAUCUCUCUCUGAUACAUACAUAUGAUUUUCAAUUUGAUUAUCCUUUUCGUUUGAUGAGCUUCUUCUUCUUCUAACUCAAAAGAAGAGCCAUCUAAUCACCAUGCUAAAAUAAUUUCUAUAUUUUAUAUGUGGUUCAGCUUUAGAUUGUAAAGAAAGCGUUAUUGUAAAGAUAUUAGCCAGUUAACUGAACACGUUUAUAAGAUCCAUAUCCAAUUAUCCCCAUCAAUCCUAUCCAAUCUAUCGCCCUCAUCCCUCAUUAAUCCCGAUUUGUAGUGUUGCCUUGUAGAAACAUGAAAUUCUGCUUUCCGCUUAGAAACCCAAAAUUUAACCGAAAUCUAUAGAUUUAGCCAAAGACUUUUGCUUUGUCGCUGAGGUUUCAGAUUGGAUCGGCCCUAGAUAAUGCUUGUCUCAUCCUCUCUGACACCGAUAUUCCGAUUCCAAAUCCGAUUCCGAGGUUUCCACCAUUUUUUUUUUUUGAUUGCCCAGCACCCGAAACACAUAUUUCUAGUUGUACACUCGUAUUUAAAUAUACCUAGAUAAUGGCCAAAUAAAUAGAUAUACACACCUAUAUAUAUAUAUAGAGAGAGAGAAUUAUAUAUAUAUAUAAAUAUAUAUAUAUACACACACAGAUAUUGAUAAUUAUAUAUACAUCUAUUAUUAUAUAGAAGUCCCCAUUUGUAUUUUACUUGUGCAAUUUGCAAAUUGUUUUUGCAUAGAUUUAUUGUUGAAAACGAUUUGAAUUUAAGAAGACACUCACACCUACACUGCACAAAAUUGCAUGCCUUUCUGUCCUCGAAAAAAGUGAAAUAAAAAACUGAGUAAAUCAAGCGAAGCUGAGAAGAUAUCGAUAUCUAAAUAAACGAAACUAUGAGUAUACCUAUACAUAUAUGCAACAGAUACAAAUCAGCAGGUCGAUGGAAAACCAAACUAAAACAAACUGCAGCAACAAUCAAUUUUCGCGCUUCUUACACUCAAACUCGAAAUUAUUGUGAACUACAUACAUAUACUCGUAUUGUACAUACAAAGGCGGAAAGUUUGAGGGUCCCGACAAAAAAUUCAGCAUAGACUGUAAUAAAAUCCCAUACUCACUCACACGUAUGCUAAAAAAAAAAGCAAAUAAGCUUAGAGCAAGCUUAAGGAUAAUCUCUAAAAACACCUUUUGUCGACCACUCUACUCUGAUAUGUAUUUUUUUUGGUUAUCUAUUAAGCUACUACAUUGAUAACGUUAACGAUACUGAUAGCAGCAGAAAAAAACCUUACUUUGUGUGCAUUAUAUUCAACAUAAGCAAUACUUAAUUUAGCAUUCGAAUGCAUUAAGCAAUGUUUAUUAACAAUUAAAUCGAUUCUAAACUUAAACCCCCAAUGGAAACUCAUUCUCACACUACACACAUUCUACAUUCUACAUUCUACACACAAACCACAUACCUAAAAAGUUUUUGGAAUUAUUGCGAAAAGAAAAAGAUAAACUUAAAGCAGAAAA